UGUACCAACCAAUCGUAUGGAAAGUUGUAUUGACCCAGUGCAGAAACCAAGUGGCUGAUUGGUGGAGACAAAGUGAGUGCAGUGUACUCGGGUGCACCUGAUUGUUUAAGCAUAACUAACUGGACUUGGUAAGCAAUGUAGCAGUGGUGUGUGUGUGUGUACACUGGCUGAGACCUUUCAGUUUUCAAAUAUGCUUUCUUUGUUGAGAAGACAUCACCAAAAAACAAGAAAUACCCAGCUGUAAAAAAAAAGGUACUUUUGCAUUCUAUCUAUCUAGCUUUCUUGGUUUCUUUGAUGAUUAGAGUUCAACAUGUCUACAUUUCAAUUCUUGCAUUGGUGUUUAUAAAACUAUAAACAAUUAUAUACUCUUGAUAACUAUUAGCGGGUACAUGAGAUAAACUAGUGACAAUGGCAUUCUUUGUGGUAUUUCAUAUCUGUGGUUUGAACCCCACAUCUCUCUCCCCAUUAUCUACCUAUGUUUAAAAAAAAACUAUUAGUGAUUAUUUAUGAAUUCUUGAUUGCCAUUUAUAUAUGCUAAGAGCCUUGUAGCUCAGUGCUAUUGUCUGGUCUCCUAGAACCCGGUUCAAAUCCUCCACUCCCACUUAUUGUAAUUAUUGAAUUUGAUUGACAUUUAUAUAUGUUUAUAUUGAUGUUAGAACUUAGAAGUGAAUUCUACCCAUUUUAGCUUUGGCUAGAUUCUACUUGUUCUUUGUUUGUGCAAUUAUUUAUUUUUCUUCUUUGGUGAGAUUGUACACUUUUUUAUGUUCUUGCUGAUACGCUAGUAACACUUCUAAAUUCCCUGAUUUUUAUUAUGAAGGACUAUACUCUGAUUCUCAUUUUGUAACUUGUUUAGCUUAAAGCGGUUUUUGGUAGUUUACAAGAGAGAUUAUAAAAUUAAGUCUUGUUGAUGAGAAAAGAAUAUAUAAACUAUACUAACAUAGAAGGGUCAAGAUGAAGUUUGGGAAAGAGUUCAAGAAACAAAUGGUGCCGGAGUGGACAGAAGCCUAUAUGGAUUAUAAUGGACUAAAAAGAAUACUAAGAGAGGUAAGGGGUUACAAGCAGACUAAGCAUCCUGCAACACACAAUAAGGCCUCACAGAAGAAACCAACAUUGGAAAAGACCUUCAGUGGUCUACACAAAGAAGCUAGCAAUCUUCCGAGUAGGGGAGAUAUCGAGGACCAAGUUAUAGAUGUUAACACAUUGCAGCAUGAUGGUUCUGGACAGAUUUACAAGACCAAGUUCCUAAGGCAGUCUGAAGAAGGAGGAGAGGUUGAGGUAAUGUUUUUUAGAAAACUUGAUGAAGAGCUCAACAAGGUCUGUACUUUUUACAAGGACAAGGUGGAGGCACUGAUGCAUGAAGCUGCUGUCUUGAAUAAACAAAUGGAUGUUUUCAUUGCAUUGCGGGUAAAGGUGGAAAACCCUGAUCUCAAUGGCUCUAGCCUUAAGAGAUGUUAUCUUUCCAAUGUCUCUUCGAAGAUGCCCCCAACAAGCACUACUUGCAGCAGAGACAGGAAUCCAGGAAGGGAGUAUGUGGGUUUGAUACCUGAAGUAGAUACAAAUGAUGAUCAUCAACAAGAAGAGUCUACUGCUGGUCCAGAAGUCAAUUCAGUUAGCACCGCCAGUUGUGGUUGUGAUCACAGGGAGGAGGUGAACAAGGAUGACUACAAAGAAGAUCCCCUAAAAAUUCUUGAGCACGUGAAGAUUAACAAUACGCUUGAAUCUCCAAUUUCAACCAUAAAAGGCGUUUUCAAGGAUUCCAAAGAAGAGGACUUGAGUUUUAAUAAAGAGGAGCUGAGAAAAGUUGAAGAACGACUGAGACAUGUGUUCGUUGAAUUUUACCACAAGCUCCGUCUACUAAAGCACUACAGCUUUAUGAAUCUUGCAGCAUUUUCCAAGAUCAUGAAAAAGUAUGAAAAGAUCACAAGAAGGAGAGCUGCCAGAUUAUACAUGAGAAUAGUGGAUGACUCUUACCUUGGCAAUUCUGAUGAGGUUACUGGUCUCCUGGAGAGGGUGGAGACUACAUUCAUCAAGAACUUUUCAAAAUCAAAUCGUAGAGAAGGUAUGAAGUUAUUGAGACCAAAAGCUAAAAGAGAAAGGCAUAGAGUAACAUUUUUUUCAGGUUUCUUUUUGGGUUGCUCAAUUGCUCUUUUGGUUGCUAUUGUUUUAAUAAUAGAAGCUCAUAAUCUUAUGGAUAAGGAGGAGGGCACCCAGUACAUGGAAAACAUUUUCCCACUAUACACUUUAUUUGCAUAUAUUGUGCUACAUAUGCUCAUGUAUGCAGCCAACAUAUACUUCUGGAGACGUUAUCGGGUCAACUAUCCAUUUAUAUUUGGUUUCAAGCGAGGAACUGAGUUGGGCUAUCGAGAAGUUUUUCUCCUCAGCACUGGUCUUGCAGUACUUGCAUCAGCCGGUUUCCUAGCAAACUUGCAGCUGGACACGGACUCAAGUACUCGAGACUACAAGACAAUCACUGAACUGGUUCCUCUGGUGUUGGUUAUUUUUGUGCUUGUCAUCACCUUCUGCCCUCUUAACAUUUUAUACCGUUCAAGUCGUUUCUUCUUCAUUAAAUGCAUUUUCCGCUGUAUCUGUGCUCCUCUCUACCAGGUUACUCUACCAGAUUUUUUCUUGGCAGACCAGCUUACAAGCCAGGUCCCGGCCUUUCGGAGUUUUGAGUUAUACAUUUGCUACUAUAGUUUGGGAGAGUACUCAAGGAGGCAAAGCAAGUGUCUUAGUCAUGGUGUCUACAAUACCUUCUAUUUCAUUGUUGCUGUAAUACCGUAUUGGCUGCGGUUCCUGCAGUGCAUUCGUCGGUUGUGUGAAGACAAAGAUGCAAUGCAUGUGUACAAUGGUUUGAAGUACUUCUCGACCAUUGUUGCAGUUAUUAUUAGGACAGCUUUUGAACUAAAGAAGGGAAUGGCCUGGAUGGUGUUAGCUUUAGUCAGCUCCUCUGUUGCAGCACUAAUAAAUACAUAUUGGGAUAUUGUCAUAGACUGGGGUCUUCUGCGAAGGCAAUCAAAGAACAAAUAUUUGAGAGAUAAACUCGUAGUUUCACACAAGAGUGUCUACUUUGUGGCUAUGAUCUUGAAUAUAGCACUGCGAUUUGCGUGGAUGCAAUUGGUGUUAGAAUUCAGAUUGCGUUCCCUUCAUAAGAUGACCACGAUAACCAUAUUUUCCUGCCUAGAGAUUAUCCGUCGUGGCAUUUGGAGCUUCUUCAGGUUGGAAAACGAGCACUUAAACAAUGUGGGCAAGUACCGCGCAUUCAAGUCAGUCCCACUUCCUUUCAGUUAUUAUGAGACUGACAAUGAUGAUGAUGACGACGACGACGAUGAUGACAAGAAUGAUUGAGCAUCAACACAAAUAAACACACAAUUGUGCACCAAAGCUAUGAUACAAACACCUUGCUUUGAGGAUGAUCUCUAGUCUUGAUAAGCUUCAUAAAGUCUUUGAUAUCUCGAUAUGUACACGGCAAACCUUCCACCUUCCAUGAUGGGCAAAAAGCCCAUCAUAUAUGCUGGUCAACUUGGAGGAGGAACAACUCAUAAAAGCCAGUAUGAUCUAUGGUUCUUAGCCAAUCUGAAUGCUGGACUAGCUCAUGUUAAGUUACUUCUUAUUUUGCUGAGAAGUUAAUAAGUCACUUCAUUGUUCAUUCUUUGUUGACCUUGAAAAGAUAAUUAAGAAAAUUUCAUA